UGGGUCAGCUCGGACGCAGCCUACAACAUCCCCAAGCAUCAGUGCCUCCAGGACAGGCUGAGGGCAGCUCAGCUGAUGAGGGAAGGGGCUCCCGAUUGUCCCCUGGCCGUGGACACCAUGGACAAUGCUUCCAGCGCCGCCUACGGUGCCUACUUCGAGAGGCUCUACAUCAUCCAGGAGGAGAAGGUGAUGUACCAGGGAGGCAGAGGACCGGAGGGCUACAAGAUCUCGGAGCUGAGGACCUGGCUAGACCAGUACAAAACCCGGCUCCAGAGCCCCAGCACGGUGACCGCUUCGAUCCCUGUCCCAUUUGCCCAGCUCGCAAUAUCCCCCUCAUCCCCGCAGCCGAGGAGGGCGGGCGAAGAUGCGCUGCUGGGGGGCGGCAGGAGAAGGAGAAGGAGGGGGGGUACUGGGCGUCCCCGGGGGGGGAAACACCCAAACCGGCGGAGGUCCCGGGGAAGGGGACACCUCGGUGGCCGUAGAGACCGUCCCGGAGGACUCUGCGCUGCAGGGCUGGAGAGCGAAGGUACAGGGCUGGCCGGUGCUGUGCAGGCAAGUGAAUCCCGGCCAAAAAUAAAAUCAAAUAAAAACAAGCGAAGGGAAGCCGUCCUGGUCGGGAGAGUCGCCCCAUCGCGGGGCCAGAGCCAGAGCCCUUUCCCCCGGAGCACCCCAGGUGAAGGUGAGCAUCCCGCAACAGCCGCCGGAGCAGCCCAGGACCAAGCGGGGCUUUAA